AUGAAGACCGCCGAAAGCGGAGAAAAGAAAGCGCAGCGUCAAUGCUGGGAGUGCCUCAAACGACGCCUGGUAUGCGACCAUACCCUGCCCCACUGCAAGAAGUGCAUCAAGGCUGGCAAGGAGUGCCCAGGAUACGACGAGCAGAAACCGCUGCAAUGGGUCGAAACCGGGAAGGUGACGUCCAGACGAAGGAAGAAAGAUGUUGCGCCGAAAGUGUAUGCGGUGCGGCCAAAGAAAUCCGAGUCAGUGGUUCCGCCAGUUACUGUUUUGCCUGUUCCCGUCUUUGAGGAGCUCGACACGUUUAACUUCACGGAUCCAAUUACACAAGAUGAUAGCCCAACGCUUGAGUGGCCCAACUUCCAAGAUGCAUUCCUUAGGCCGGACGCGGUUGGAAGCUACAAAUCUCAACUCGCAAACCUAUUGGUUCAGGAAGAAAAUGCAGCAUGGUGGCACAGCUUGACUGUAGAAGAGCAGGCGGACCACAUCGAAACGAUGGCCAGGAAAACCUCGGCGAACUAUGCAGUGGCUGACCGAAUCAUGCGAAUUGGCGGCCGGAGGAAUCUUGAGGCGAUGCUGAAAAGAGGCCAUGCACACGAGGCUGCAGCUUUGAUGCAGUCCGAUCAAGAUCCUCUAGAAAAGCUGCGGAGACUGCUGUGGAUCAUGGAGAUGAACCAGCUUCCAUCGUAUGACUACUUAUCAAACGAAACUACUGAAGUGGUGCAGUCAGUCAACUAUUUCAACACUAGGGUUCUCCCCAACACCAAAGCAGCCGACACUCUAGCACCCAACCCAGCUCUGAUACACUUCCCGCUAUGGGCCUUGCAUGUCUUGCCUCCUGCUAUGCACCACACGCUUGUCUGCUUAGGCCUGAAUCAUUACAUUCACUCGUUGCCGCCCGGCUCCAACCGCGCGGUUGUCGCUAGCAAUCGAUCGAAAGUGUACAAGUAUCGAGGCCUUGCUAUUCGGGCUCUUAGUGAGAAUGUCGCAAAGGAGACCACUCGCAGCAGCGAUCUCACGAUCAGUAGUAUCCUGAUGUUCAUGUCCAUGGAAGUUCAAAAUUCAAGCUCUGGAGACUGGCGGUCACAUGCCCAUGGAAUGAAGCGUCUGAUAGAUAUGCGCGGUGGAUUUGGGCCCCUCAUACUUGAAGCUCCCUACCUGACUUCGGCGCUCGUUAUCUUCGUGAUCAUUGUGACGUUUUCCAACAGUCUUGGCCCAGCUGCGAAUCAGAUCAACAUCACCGAGCCGCUCGAGCAGCACAUCAAGGAAGUAGAGCAGGUGUACAGCCUGAUCUUUCCUUACGUGCUCUGCCCACCAACGCUGUUUGUCGAGGUCAUUCGCAUCAAUCAUCUCCGACAGGAGGUUACUGCAUCACCCUUUGAGACCCCAGUGCAGCAUUCCCUGGACGCACACGACAUACUCGCUCGCAUCGAGGCCUUUGUACCCGAGGACUGGGCCCAGCCAGGAGAGCACAACGACGACUGGCAGCUGAUCGGCUCCAUCUACCAGGCGACCAUCGCCCUGUUCUGCACCAUGUCGCUGGAAGGCAUCGGCGCCCUGCCCAGCAGCCUGGAGAUGAGCACCAUGCGCACGAUCCACGCCACGCGCCUGCUCGCGGACCUGAAGACCGCCUCCCACUCCCUGCACCUGGUGAAGUUCUCGCUGUUCCCUCUCGCGGUGCUCGGCGUGGAGGCCGGCUAUCACGACCGGCAGAGCACCAGAGUGUGGAUCGAGCGGCGGCUGGAGGAGCACAGUGUGCUGCUGGGCACCAGCAGUCCGCUGAAAGCUCAGGCUGUGCUGCGCCGGUACUGGGCGCGCGGGGAACCGGGCUGGGAUGAGUGCUUCGACAGUCCGUACGUGUUCAUCCUGUGA